GGAAGACUUUGUUUACCUGACAGUGAGAAUGGCGACAGGGAGGGGAGCCUUGUCUCUUCUCCAGAGUUACAGCUCCGAUAGCGAUGGUGACUCCGGCUACACCAGCGAGGAUGAGAAAAAGAGAAAGCACGAGUUCAGCAAUCCUCAUGAGCGUAAGAGUAAGAGGCGCAGAGCUGAGGAUGAGGAGGAAAUGGCGGUGGAUACCCCGUCAUCUUCGUGCCGUGCAGGACACCAGCCUGGAGCAGUGUCGUCCUGUGAGACCAUGAUGAGUGAUGGUUACCACCCUCGACCCACCGACCACACCAUGGACACUACCUCACACCAAGUGCACAGCAGGAGGUGGGUCAGGGUCCUGGGAACUAUACCUCUACCAAGUGAACUGUUAGUGUCAAGAGAGGGCCAUGUUGAUGACCCAAGGGAGCAUCAGGGAAGAGUCCGAUCAUUUCCCCAUGAACGGGGUAACUGGGCAUCAAUUUUAUAUGUCCCCUUGCAUCUAGGAAUAUACGGGCCAAGUUUUGCAUCUUUUAUGGCCUCAUUGGUUGCCACAUGUCAAGAGCAAAAUGUGAUACUUAACCCUUCAUCAGAUCUUCACAUAUCUCUAACACGAACGCUUAUACUUCAUCUUCACUGGAUUCAACCAUUAACAGAAGACCUCAGAGCAAGACUAAGCCAAAUUUCCAAAUUUUCUUUGUGGUUACAUGGUUUAAGUGUGUAUGUUAAUGAUGAGCAGACCCGAACGUUUUUGGGGCUGCGAGUGUGCCAUGGCCGUAAUGAGUUAGCAGACAUAGUAUCUGAGGUAGACAAGUGUCUAGUGGAAUACAGACUGCCACUCUUCUUUAAGGAUGGUUCUUUUCACGCAAGUGUUGCUUGGUGCACUGGUGAUGUUUCUGAAGAUCUGCGUCGCUUGCUGCCUCAGCUAGAGAAUGUCUGCAGCCAGUACUUCUCAGUGGAGACCGACAUGCGUACUUUUGAUGUUAGCUCUUUGAAUUUUAAAACGGGUAACAGAAUUCACACCAUACACCUUAAACAUGGAAAUUAGUGCAGUAUUAAUUAUUCAUUAAUAGAAUCUGGGUAAAUUAUCUUCAUUAAGUUUGUACAAAUAAUAAAUUAAUGUUAAUUUAAAAUGUUCAUUUUUUUUUUUUGAGUGGAGAUAGUUAUCUGUAUUUAUUAAUCUUGUAUUUAAGGACCAAGUAAAAAUCUUUCAGAGCAUAUUAUUACAUGAUAAAUUAAUUACAAAUGCCAACUCUGAAUAAGCAUGAGGAUGCUCUACCAAAGAACAAUUUGUCAGGGAAUACCUGAUCUACCUGAGUCAAGUCAGUGGCUUGAUGAGGAAACUUUGAUUUAUGAUCCUGGUACAAAAAUAGAAGCAUUGUAAAGGCAUUGGUAUGGAUGUCCAGGCAGAUUUUUAAUGCAUAUUCAGCUCCUCAGGGUCUAUAGUCAUAAGUCAGGGAGGGAACAUUUCCUAUAGACUGUAUUGAAGUUAGAGGACCUACUUAUUAUAAAGUGUAGAUUACAACAGAAUGCAUUCACAGUUAACCCAUGACUAGAAAAGAAAACUGACCAUUGUUUUGGUUAGUCCUGGAUGAUCACCAAGUUGAGUGAGGAAAAAAGGGGAAGAAUGUAGAAGUGAGGUCAGGUUGGGUCACUGGCAGGAGACCUCUGGGUUUUCCCCGUUUUCUUUAUCAUUAGCAAUUUAGUAGUGUUUCAGGACGGACCAAAACGUCAUCCAGUUUUCAUUUCUAUUUUUCUGGUUAAUCUUGAACUGUUCCAAUUAUGGUAUUGUAACUUAUUCUUGAACGUUGUGUUCACUGUUUCAGAGUUAAAAUAGCGCUGAAUGACCCAUGUGGGUUUAGCAUAGUGAAUAUUAUAAUAAUAGAGUGAAACAGCUAGUGCAAAUUACAUUUUGUUUAAACUAAUAUUAACUUUGAAGUACUAUACCAUAAUUGAUGCAAGGAAAGUAAUUUUGAUGUGGCUAACCAUUGAUAAAAUAAAAAAUAUUGUAUAGAAUAUAAGAUGGAUGACACCCUGUGCUUGAAGGAUUUUUUUAUACAUUUUUUUUUUUUUUUACAUGACUUGCAGUGUAUACUUGUGUAGAGGAUUUAGCAAAAACAGCACUUCUUACUGCUUUUAAAUUAGUGAAAAUUUUUACCUGUAGCCCUCCAAUACCUUGAAUCUAUUAAGAUGAUAUAUAUUGUAUUAGUAUGUGAGAUUCCUUCUUGCAAGGUGUAGUCUAUAUAUUGGUGCUGCAGAAUGUGGCAUUAGACAUGAAUAUUGUUAUUAGGCUUUGUUUAUAAAAGUUGACAUUCAUGGUACUGUAUGGAUUUGUUUGUUUCUGGUGAGACCUCUUCAAUUUGGUCCUUGUUAUAUUGUAUAUUUCCGUUUGGCCUGCAUCAUUUUUGCUUACAGUUGGUGCAUAGAUUCUAUUAAUAUAUUCACUAAAGUAUUUUCUUAAGUAUUGUUAUUCUACUUGGAGCCUUAUAUGAUGAGAUGAUAAAAUUGGUGUUAUGAGAAGUUUGGUGUCACGGAGCUAAUUGAACCUGUCAGGCAUACGACCCACCGGAUACAAAAAUUUAGGUUGUUUGCUGUACAGUAUCAGGUAUUUCGUGAGCAUUAUCUUGACAAGUUUAGUACUAGUUAAUAAUUUGCCUGAGCUUAUGACAGUAAUGAGAAUUACUGUAAUUGCUGUGAUGUCCAGAGCAAGGACAAGAUAUGCACCCUGACUCUAUUCCUUUCUAAUAUCUUUGUUUUUGUGCUAUAAUUUGUUUAGCACAAACUUGAGGAAUUUUGUACGAAUGUUUUUUACUCGUUUACCACGGUAAUACUAAGGGAGUAAUUUUUAUAUGGCUAGUAAUCUCUCAUUUGUGACUUUUUCUCUUUUUAACCAAAUUCACACUGCAGUCAUUGGCAAUCUGUAGGAGUACAGAAAGUAAAGAAAAUGUCUUGUUAACUAAUUUGCUUCACAUUUUCCUUUUCUUUUCACCUGUUUAGUCUUCCCUGUAUUGGUGUUUUCACUGUACCUGCUUGGAGUACUGUAACUCUUUUUACAGUGUGAAGAGCUUUAUUGUUGACAGUGUGCCCUUCAAAGAUGGGUGCCUCGAUGCUGAGAAGGGCUCUUGAUCCAAGGAAUUGAGAACUAUGAUUUCUUUCCUACCAUCAAAUCUGAUUACCUCCAAUUUCCUAGGUGCUAUAUUACCCCUUCAAGUUUAGUGCUUCCCCAUGAAUAAAAUCAUGUUGACAGUGUAAGCAGAUGGGUAUUGCUUCUGAUGACUGUUAAUUAAGUCAACAAGCAAAAUUCUUUGACAAAUGUUUGAUUUUUUUUUGUUUAAUUUUGUUUAGUCAUAAAAUAUUUUGUUCUUUUUAACACUUCAGCUAUCUCCCACCGUCUUACCAGAAGUGUGCUGAGAUUACAGUUCAGAUUACCCUCCAAACCUUAACAUCCCAAUCCCUCCUUCAGAUUCCACGCACUGUACUUCUCACCUCCAGGACUCAAGUCCAGUUAACUGGUUUCCCUGAAUCCCUUCAUAAAUGUUACCUUGUUCACGGUCUAAUAGCAAGUCAGAUUGUAAAAACCACUUGCUUCCACUCCUAGCUAAUAUGCUUACACAAGCCUGUUGGAUGUCCAAGCCCCCUAGCACUCAAAACCUUGUUUAUCCUCUUCAACCAUUCCUAGAAUGACCCCUACCUCUCCUUCCCUCAAUGAAAGAUUUAUAUGCCCUCAUAAUCUUAUUUUUCUCCAUCCUCUCUAAAUGUCCAAACCACCUUGGCAACCCAUCCUUAGUCCUCUCAAUAAUACUUUUGGUAACUCCAUACCACCACAACCACCACCACCACCUAAUCUCAAAACUCCGAAUUCUCUGCAUAAUAUUCACACUAUGUGUUAACCUCAAACACAACAUCUCCACUGCCUUCAGCCUCCUUCUCACUGCAACUUUCAAAACCAUGCUUCACAAAUAUACAGCAGCAUUGGUACCACUAUACUCUGGUACAUUCCCCUUUUUGCCCUCAUGGAUAAAAUUCUUUGUCUCCACAGAUACAUCAAUGCACCACCCACCUUUUUACCUUCACCAGUUCUAUGGUUCACCUUGUGUCUCAUAAACUAUCUGCCAACAAGCCCACUCCAAAAUAUCUGGACUCUGACUUCCUCCAUAUUCCUUUCAAUCUAAUAUCCAAAUGACAGACCAACUCCUAAAUAUCUGAACACACAUACUUCCUUCAUGCUCCCUCCAAUCUGAUAUCCAAUCUCUCAUUGCCUAUUAUUUUUCAUACUAUCAUCACCUUGCUCUUUCUUAUGUUCACUUUAUUUUGUUUUUUACAUACCUUCCCAAAUUUGUUUACCAACCUUUGUGACUUCUCUUCAGAAAAUAUAUGGCAAUCAAAUGUUGUGUGUGAGACCUUCUGCUGUGGUUGUUUACAUACUUUAUGAACUUUAAAUAAAAUUUUCUCAUUAUCACAACUUUUUAAAUAACAAUAAAAAUACAUAUUGUGCACUUUAAUAUAUUUUAAGUUUAUUCAUAAAAAUGUACUUUACUAUAAUAUUCACACUGGUCUAGUGCAAAUAUUGAGGUUAAAACUAUUUGAGUAUACCUUGUUCCUGAACUAGAGAGAAAACUCGAAAGGUUACCUAUGUUCAAGCUUGCAUGUGUACCUGGAGAGUGUUCUGGGGGUCAACACCCCCACAGUCCAGCCUUAAAAGAAUGAUGCCAACAGCAUUUGGUGUUCCCAGGCAGUCACCCAUCCAAGUAUUAACCAAACCCAACACUGCUUAACUUCACUGAUCAGACGAGAAGCAGUGUGUUCACCUUCAAUCUUUGAAAUGUAAAACAGUGCUGACUUUUCAGCAAUAGAUGUUAACUGAUGCAAAAUUAUCUCUGCACAGGAUUGCAUUGUAAUGAUUUAACGCUGUAAAAUUAAAAGAUAAUUUACAUUCA